AUGAAUGGUGUUGCUUAUGAUACAUUUCAAGAGGCAUGUUCUGCUAUGAAAUUCUUGAUCGAUGAUAAUGAGUUUGUUUCUACUAUUAAGGAAGUCGGCGAGUUAGCAUCAGCUGCACAGCUAAGGAGGCUUUUCGUGAUAUUGUUGCUAUCUAGUUCUAUGGGAAGACCUUUGUCAGUCUGGGAACAAACUUGGGCUUAUUUGUCUGAUGAUAUUCUUUAUUAUAGAAGACAUGAGCUGCAAUAUUCCGGUAAGACUUUAGUUCAUGAUAAAUUUGUAUAUGACACACAUAUACACAAGCGCACACAAGCCAAAAAUGAUAUUUUGAAUAAUGGGAAAUCAUUGAGAAAUUAUGCUGGUAUGCCGCUUCCUAAUACCUCUUUAGCCUCUCAAUUUAGCAAUUUGAUGCUGUUGCAUGAGUUGCAGUAUGAUACUGUUUCUUUGCUUCGUGAGCACGAUGAAAAUAUCUUAAAGUUAAAUGAAGAACAAAGGGUGAUCUAUGAUAAAAUUAUUGAUUGUGUUUCCAAUAAGAGGCAUGGAUUCUUUUUUGUCUACGGGUUUGGCGGCACUGGAAAAAUAUUUUUAUACAGAGUUUUGUCAGCUAGAUUGCGAUCUGAGAAAAAGAUUGUUAUAAAUGUUGCUUCUAGUGGUAUUGCUUCUCUGUUAUUACCUGGUGAAAAGACAGCGCAUUCUAUGUUCAAUAUUCCCGUUGAGCUAACUGAAGAUACUAUUUGUCGAAUUAAGAAGGAUAGUCCUAAAGAUAAGCUAAUCCGAUUGGCUGAUUUGAUUAUUUGGGAUGAGGCACCAACGACUAAUAAAUUAACAUUUAAAGAGCUUGAUAGGACUUUACAUGAUAUCAUGGUUUUGGUUUCUGAUAGUAAUAAAAAUUUACCUUUUGGUGGGAAGGUGUUUGUUCUUGGUGGUGAUUUUAGGCAGGUCUUGCCAGUUAUUCCAAAGGGUUCUCGUGCUGAGAUUGUGAUGGCUUCCAUAAAUUCUUCCGUUCUCUGGAAAUAUUGCGAAGUUUUAAGAUUAACAAAAAAUUUGAGAUUAGCAAAUGGAUUGGAACAAUCAACUGCUCAGGAGUUAAGGUCCUUUUCAUAUUGGAUACUUCAAGGUGAAGGUUAA